GCGGCCGCCGCCCGCCCGCCGCGCUCAAGCCUGACCGCGGCGCCCGUCCCGGCCGCCCUCGCCCGUCCCCGGCUGCCCCCGGUCGCGAUGCCCGCCCCCCGGGGCCCCGGUGGCCCGCGCCCCUGCUAGGCUGCGGCGGCAUGGCCCGCGCGCCCGGCGCGACCUCUGCGGAUUGCAUCGGUGUGCGGCGGCGGGGCAUGCCCAGGGCACCGGGCACGGCCUUCAAUGGGCGAGGACACGGACACGCGGAAAAUUAACCACAGCUUCCUGCGGGACCACAGCUAUGUGACUGAAGCCGAUAUCAUCUCUACCGUCGAGUUCAACCACACGGGGGAGCUGCUGGCCACCGGCGACAAGGGUGGCCGGGUCGUCAUCUUCCAGCGGGAACCGGAGAGUAAAAAUGCGCCGCACAGCCAGGGCGAGUAUGACGUCUACAGCACUUUCCAGAGCCACGAGCCGGAGUUCGACUAUCUCAAGAGUCUGGAGAUAGAGGAGAAAAUCAACAAGAUCAAGUGGCUCCCUCAGCAGAAUGCCGCCCACUCCCUGCUGUCCACCAACGAUAAAACUAUCAAACUAUGGAAGAUUACCGAACGUGAUAAGAGGCCCGAGGGUUAUAACCUGAAAGAUGAGGAGGGGAAGCUUAAAGACCUGUCCACGGUGACGUCACUGCAGGUGCCCGUGCUGAAGCCUAUGGAUCUGAUGGUGGAGGUGAGCCCCCGGAGGGUCUUCGCCAAUGGCCACACCUACCACAUCAACUCCAUCUCCGUCAACAGCGACUGCGAGACGUACAUGUCCGCGGACGACCUGCGCAUCAACCUCUGGCACCUGGCCAUCACCGACCGGAGCUUCAACAUCGUGGACAUCAAGCCGGCCAACAUGGAGGACCUGACGGAGGUGAUCACCGCGUCCGAGUUCCACCCGCACCACUGUAACCUCUUCGUCUACAGCAGCAGCAAGGGCUCCCUGCGCCUCUGCGACAUGCGUGCGGCCGCCCUGUGCGACAAGCACUCCAAACUAUUUGAAGAGCCCGAGGACCCCAGUAACCGCUCGUUCUUCUCGGAAAUUAUUUCCUCCGUGUCGGACGUGAAGUUCAGCCACAGCGGCCGGUACAUGCUCACCCGCGAUUACCUCACAGUCAAGGUCUGGGACCUGAACAUGGAGGCGCGGCCCAUAGAGACCUACCAGGUCCACGAUUACCUUCGGAGCAAGCUCUGUUCCCUGUAUGAGAACGACUGCAUUUUUGACAAGUUCGAAUGCGCCUGGAAUGGGAGCGACAGCGUCAUCAUGACCGGGGCCUACAACAACUUCUUCCGCAUGUUUGACCGGAACACCAAGCGGGAUGUGACCCUGGAGGCGUCGCGGGAGAGCAGCAAGCCCCGGGCGGUGCUCAAGCCGCGGCGCGUGUGCGUGGGCGGCAAGCGGAGGCGGGACGACAUCAGCGUGGACAGCCUGGACUUCACCAAAAAGAUCCUGCACACGGCCUGGCACCCGGCCGAGAACAUCAUCGCCAUCGCGGCCACCAACAACCUGUACAUCUUCCAGGACAAGGUGAACUCCGACAUGCACUAGG